AUGGCAGGCGAUAUCCUAGUAACAUCAUGGGCAGAAGUGAAAAGCCCGCUACGCCCAAUACAGUCACUCGAUGGCGGGAAAACCUCCAUUCAAGAGGAGCAUGCUUCAAACCGCACACCGACCUCACAGACACCGUCCAGUUCGAUGGUCGAAACGCCGACAACUUACAUAGCCAAUCUAUGGUGCCCAACAACUAGCACAACACAACAAAUAGCAAUCUUAACCACAACUUCGCAAAUCAUCGCAAUGCAAAAAACAUAUAUCCUUGCAUCACAACAACAAUCCUUCCCUCAUGUUUCUGGCACCGAAACCUGGAUCCUUCACACAGUCCAGUCGCAGCCACAGAAUCCCUCGAUAGUCCAUCCGCAUGCCGCUAUGGCAGGGUUGUCUCAUGUGCCGAUAUUUUCACAGCAACCACUAAUCCUCAACCAGCUUACAUAG